AUGGAAUUUAACCCUCCUCACAUAUGCCAACAGCCAUCAGCCUUGAUGAAAAAGGCAACACAAAAACAAUUAGUACCCACAAAAAUCAUGUCCUCCUUUGCUCUCGUCCUCUGCUUCCUCCUCCGCUUCCUAACCUCCGCCCUCUCUGCCACUCCUCCUUACUCGCCCACAGACCAAAUCCUCCUCUGCUGUGGCUCAGAGUCAAUUAUAAAAGAUGACAACAAAGGUAGCUGGGACGGUGAUGCUCGUUCCAAGUAUGCACCACCAAACAUCACCACCACGUCUAUAGCCUCCGAACCAACAGAACAAGGCCCUUCUGUCCCGAAUCGCGCCCCUUACACGAGAGCUCGUAUUUUUCAAUCCCAGUUCACCUACACUUUUCCAGUCUUGGCCGGACCCAAAUUUCUCCGCCUCUACUUUUUCCCCGCCACCUACUCCGGCCUUGAUAAAAACGUAUCCUUCAACAAAAAUGAAUCCUUCUUUACAGUCACUGCCAAUGAAUUCACACUUUUGAGCAAUUUCAGUGCGUAUCUCACAUCCACACACUCUGAACCCUCCUAUAAGAAAGAAUUCAUCAUUAAUGUCGAGGAUAAUCAGAGACUUAAUNUAUGCAGCGAUAAUUGA